CAUCAGCCUACUAGAAUCCACUAGAUCCCCGGAUGGCUAGUGGAAUAGAACGACCCACGGUGUUGAGGGAUCAAGAGCCUAGCCAUCCUGCUACAUUAAGUUAAGAACUAUGAAAGAACAGUCGUAGAAAAACAAUUUGCAUUAAAUGCUCGAUGAUUUUCAACAGCUCAACCAUGUGAGAUAGGACGGACGUUCUGCCACGGACCACCGACAACCCAUGGAAAGCAACUUGAAAUUUGGCUCGUAAAGCGCACUAUGGCUGCUUGGCCAAGUCUGCACAUGGAGGAGCGGAACGUGUUGCGGAGGCGCGAGUGGGAGCGCAGGAGUCUGGAGGCUCAGCAGCAGCAGCAGCAGGAGUACUGCCCAGACAACGCACCCCUCUUCGGGGAGCCCUACAAGACAAAGAAAGAGGAUGAGCUCUCCAGCCGCAUCCAGCGUAUGCUGGGCAACUAUGAAGACAUGAAGGACCUGCACAAGAACUUUGGCAGCAUGCCCAAAGACCCCUCCCCUGCUUCAGUUCCCUUCGGCAGGCCAGCCCGGAACAACAAUAACAACAACAACAACAAGCCCCACUUGGACCCCUGCCAGUCCCGGCCCAAAUUCCAGAACCCUACACCCCCCGGCUACAGAACUGGCGACCCCACUGCUCCCUCGGUCACCCUCACCGACUCCCAGACGUCUAGUAGGAAGUCCCCCGUUCUGGAUCACGCCUCCUCGCUCCCUUACUCUUUCCCGCCACACACCUCUUCGUCCCGUCACGAUAAAGACACCCUCGACUUGCUCCCGCCAUUGCCCGACAUACGGGACUGCACCACCAGCCUGCCCCCGGUGCUCUCCGCCCUCUCCCCGCCGUCCGAGCCCCUGUCCCCCAUACAUUCCAGCGACUCGGAGCAGCACGACAUGUCGGACAGCCCCAGGCCUCCCCAGGCUUCUCAGCCACACCCCUGCUCCUCCUCCAUCUCCAUCUCCAUCUCCUCCACCCCCGGCGGUGCGGUAGACUCGUCCCACGUGGAGCUUCCGCUAGAGGGGAUCCCUCCCGUGGCGAGCGAGUCGGCCCCCCUGCCCCCCUCCUCCCAGCCCAUCCCCCUGCCCCUGCCCUCCUCCAAGCCCCCGCUGGUCAUGCCCCAGAAGCCCACGGCGUACGUGCGGCCCCUGGACGGACAGGACCAGGUGAGCAGCGACUCACCGGAGCUCAAGCCCUCGCCAAGCGAUUUCGAGCGGCCAGUAUACGAGAGCCCGCCCGACCUGAAGCUGCUGAGCGGCUCCAAGGCCGGAGGUGGCGGCAGCGGUGGCGGCCUCGCCCAGCUGAAGAUACCCCCGCCCUCACUGGAGGCGCUGUCCAGUGAUGCCCAGUGUGUGGAAGAGAUCUUGCGGGAGAUGACCCACACCUGGCCCCCGCUCCUGACGGCCAUCCACACCCCUAGCACUGCAGACCCUCCCAAGUUCAGCUUCCCCAACAAGGAGACGCAGCAUGGUCACUCCGGGUGCUCUGUCCAAAAGCAAGAGGCCUGGCGUGGCUCCUCUCCUCCACCACCUGCCCUGUCCCGUCAGCUGGAACCCCUAGUGACUCAGCCACGCCCCAGCGAGAGGGAGACGGGCAGCUCCAGCGAAUCAGAGAGCAGCUCUGGCUCCGAGUCGGACAGCGAGAGCAGUGAGGGAGAGGAGGCGGAGCAAGCCCCCCACGCGCCCCCUCGCAGCAGCAGUCCCCCCGCCCCAAACAAGGCCGAGGGCUCGCAGGCAGCGUCGGCAGCGACAGGGGUGAAUGAGUGGUCCCUGAGUCGCUGGCUGGAGCUGAAGGAUCACCCGCAGCAGCAGCCCGGCCUAGGGAGCGGCGAGGCCCAGGAGGGUGGCGCUAGUGAGGCAGAGGCCCUGCCACUGCACAGGUCCCCCUCCAUCCGCAGCCCCAGCCCCAGCCCCAGCCCCGUCUGCACUCCCAAAGCCCCCGAAGACACCACCACAACCACCAGCAGCAGCAACAACAACAGCCCUACCCCCUCACCCCGCCACCACCAGCACUACGAUUCCCACAGUUCACCUGUGCAACCCGAGUCGGGCAGUCCCCAACACACACACUCGCAUUCGCACUACGGCAGCUACAACCCCCACAGCUCGCCCACACAGCAGCAGCUGGCGAGCGCGUCGCCGCCCCCCACACACUACAGUUUUGACUCCCACCACACCUCCCCCGCCAGGACUACAACCCCCAGCAGCACACCACCACACUACGCCUACACUUCCCACAAUUCAUCGCUGCGCUCGGAGGCCGCUACGCCGCCGCCGCUGCGUCAUUACGGCUACGAGACGCCACACUUGUCCCCCGUGCGGCCCCCGACGGAGCUCAAAGAACCCCAGUCGUCGUCCAAGUCGUCAUCUGUCAUCUGUCCUCCUGGCCAGCAGCACAGUAGGUCCCAGUCCCCCUCCCCAGCGCCACCUACAGGUGUGGUGGACAACGCGGUCAAGAAGGUCACGUCCAAGACCUCCAAGAAGAAGCAGCAGCAGCAGCAUCAGAGCUCGGGCAGCAAAGCGUCGCGGUCAGACGACCACAAGCGACGGCACACGGACAAUAGUAAGCUGCAGCAGCAGCAGCAGCCAGCAGCCUCUGACCAAAAAGGCACCUCCCUCACUGUCAAAGACCGGCCCAAAGUCAAGACGAAAACGGACUCGAGCAAGGCCUCAGAGCCUCCCACCCAGGCCCAGGUCAAGUCGAGCUCCAAGAGCGACAAGAAGGCCUCGUCCUCCAAACGCACCUCGGCCGAGAAGAAGACGACCUUGAAAGAGCUCGCCCCCAAGGUCACCCUCAAACUGUCCGUGGACCCCAAAGAGGUGGACGCCGCCUCUGCCGCCCUGCUAGCCUCCCAUCAUCCUCUGCCCUCCUUCAAAUCGGCCAAAAGCAAGAACGGCAUCACAGAUGUCCACCAAGGUCAAACCAAUGGCCUGCCGUCAAAGCCCAAGAAGAAUAAGAAGCAGCAGCGUCGAGACGAUGAGCGUCCUUCAGCGCUAUCAGGUGGUCGGGAGGUGAAUAGCAAGGCAGCUCCAAGAGGGGCUGUGCCUCCUCUCAGCUCCCUGGUGGUUAAGAUCCCCCUCAGCCUGCUGUCCAGGGUGCCCACCUUCUCUCGAGACAAUGGACCCUCUGGACCCUCCACCACCAAGCACCACACCAAACCACCACAAGGUGGCCCCACCAACACCACAAUGGCCACCGCAAAUGGCAGUGGUACCAGCGAGCCCACAGAGAAGAGGACAGGGCGCAGCAGAGACCAAGACAGAGACUCGGCAGCCAAAGCCAGCAGAAAAAGACCAGCAGAGAAGGAGAAGGAGGACAAGUCCCAGCCCAGGAAGAAGUUAAAGCUGGACAAAGAGGCCAAGAGGUCUUCCUCACCCGCCUCCUCCUCUUCCUCAGCACCCUCCUGCCCAGCCCCCACUAAACCAGAUGGGCCCAAGACUGCAGAGGAGGACAGAAAAGAGUCCAAGAAGGAGAAGAAGAAAAAGAAGCCUGUCCCUGCCCCGGCCCCGACUCCUGGCCCUGGCCCUGGCCCUGGCCCUGACCUCUGCUCCAGCACACAAACACCGCCGGCAGCACAGGAGCCCUCCAAGGGUCCCGGCGGGCUGAAGAGGCCCCUGGCGGACGCCUCGUCUGGGGGGGGCAAAGGGGCCAGCACCAGCAGCCAGCCCGGGGACGCCACAGCCAAGCACAAGAAGAGCUCCGGCAAGCGCAGCGAGCACAACAAGACUGCCAAGGCACCAAAGAGCAGCUUUGCGGUUCCAGAACCUACCCAGCCCAAACGGACUCCUGCCCCACACAGAGCCCUGCUCAAAGUGGACGACAGGCAGCACUCUGUGGAGCACCAUAUGAAGGAAGCCAAAAAACUGAAGCACAAAGCAGAUGACAUGUCUGAUAAGGUGUCUAAGUCCUUCAUCUACCUGGAGGCCGCCCUGUCGUUUGUGGAGAGCGGCAUCGCCAUGGAGACAGACCCCCAGACGCCAAAGUCGGUCUACACCAUGUUCUCGGAGACCGUGGACCUCAUCAGGUUUAUAUUGAAGCUGAGGAGUUUUACAGACCCAGCCAGCGCUGCAGCAGACAAGGACUUUGCGGUUUUAUGCAUGAAGUUCCAGUCCCUGCUGCAGAUGGCCAUGUUCCGCUUCAAACGGGAAGCGGCGCUCAAGUACUCCAGAACCCUCUCUGACCAUUUCAAGAGCUGCAAGUCAUCUCCUUCCCCUCGCGUCUCAAAUAGGAGCACCAGUACCCCAUCUCAGAUGUCCCCCAUGGCGUCUCCAGCCAGCUCCUCCAGCAGCUCUGGUGGGCCGGGCUCCACGUCCAGCUGCGGCAGCUCCGGCCUGGGGGUCAGCUCCACCCCCUCCACCUCCACCUCCGCCCCUUCCCAGGCCAACACGGUGGCACUGCCCCAGAGCAUCCACCAGGUGGCGUCGUCCUACGUCAGCAUCACAGCCCUCUUCCUCAGCGCCCACAGCACCUGGGAACAGGCGGAGGAACUGGCUCACAAGGGCACCGGUGUUCUGCUGGAGUUGGACUCUGCCGUGGGCUCUCUGACUCUGCUGUCCAGCAUGAGAGACGUGGUGCGAUACACACGCCAGGGCCUGCACUGGCUACGCCAAGACUCGCAGAAAACACUCUAGCCCCGACGCACACUACACACACACACACACACACAUACAGAGACAUACACACACACACACACCAACCACACUAACACAGAUGCACCAACCACAUGACAGGGCCUACACUGGCUAUGGAAUUGGCAGAAACCCCCGAUAACACACACACACACACACACACACACACACACACACACACACACACACACACACACACACACACACACACACACACACACGAUUGCAUUUUCCAGAAAGGCCCAGUGAAAGCGAUGGUGACAGGAGAAGUUGUGACUGAAAACUGGAUACUCUGGCACUUUUUGUUUCUCUUCUGUUUUUUGGUCGAUGGGCAAGUUAGCUCUGCUCCUGCCAUGCGAUCUUCCAGGCCUCUUGUCAGAUAGACCCUCUCUGCUCUCCUCAUCGCUCCCCCCUCACUUGCUUCAGUGGCUGGGUGCAGCUACUGCUGCUGCUCCUACCGCCACCGCCGCCGCCAAUCACUGUGACUGGAAUGGACUCCCAUGAAAUGAUGCGCACAAGCCCACCACGCAACAUGUGCAGUGAUUCACAGACCCCACCCCACCCCUCUCUCUCUUUCUCUCGCACGCACACAGAUGCCUAGGCAUAGUACUUGGUACUGGACAGUCAUUCAUUAAUUCAUUCAUUCAUUCAUUCAUUCAUUCAUUCAUUCAUUCAAUCAUUCAAUCAAUCAAUCAAUCAAUCAAUCUGAUUGAAUUUACAUCAGUUUUCAUCAUCCGGUGGCCAACUGAAUGGUACAGUUUUCACCUCAACGGCCGCAGGCAUUUCAACAAGACACCCCCAGGAUGAUGGACUAAGCAAGGACCCCUCUUUAUGUCCCUAAUAAUGAUGACGAACAAACUGAUGGACACAUCCCUGUCUCUUUGAGUAGGAUCACAGGGAAGGAAGUUUAGAAAGACUGGAAUCAUUAGACGGAAAUCUUUUCAAUUAUGUGAAGCAUCCCUUUCAGUUCUUUCAUCACGAUUUCAUAAUUAUUAUUGCUAAGUAUUGUGUUUCAGGUUCUCAAUUUGUUUUCGAGUUCUGAAUGUUUUUUUUCUCUUCAUAAAAGUGUUACAUUGCAUCAUCAGACAAUCAUCUGAAACCUUCUUUUUUCACCUCCACUAAAACAAAUUAGUGAAGCAAACCACAAUGGAUUCAAACCUCUCCUCCCACCCCCUUUUUAUUACAGUGUUUAUUUACUUGUCAAUAGGAGCUGGGUGGCUAAGCCUUAUUGUUCAUUGCUGGUGUGCAGGUGUGUGCAUGCUUGUGUGUGUGUGUGUGUGUGUGCGUGUGUGUGUGUGUGCGCGCGCGCGUGUGCGUGCAUGUGCGCGCGCCUGUGUGUGCGCGCGUGCGUGUGCGCGCGCCCGUGUGUGCGCGCGUGCGUGUGCGCGCGCCCGUGUGUACGCGCAUGUGGAGCAGGGUAAACAAAGAUCUAUGGUUGUGGACUAGGAGAAAUGGAUCGGUGUCCCCCAUCCAAAUGGCUGUGGACUAUGGAUUUAAAGAUCUAUGGUUGUGGACUACAGUUAGGGUUAGGAGGAAUGGAUUGUUGUCCCAUAUCCAAAUGGCUGCAAAAAAGUGGAGGAGAGUGCCUUUUUUGUGGCACACUUCUUAAGAGUGAUGUGGUCAGCUGUAGCCAACUGCAGUCUAGUCUGCUGUGCUUAUCUGUAAUGGAGCCAGUAGUUAUGAUUUAAUAAAAACCUUAUGGACCCAAGAGCAGUAUGCACCACGCACACUCCCAUGAUCCAACUGGGAAGGAAAACCCACCCAAUCACAGUCUGCCACAUCGCCAUGACGGCGUAUUGGUGGCGGGCAGUACAGAGGUUCAGAUUGUUUAGGGCCUGUUUGGUCUGGUCACCAGCAUCAUUGGCAAUGCCUUUUUUUUAAGCCUUGGUCAUGUCAACGUAUCUACUAGGUUUGCUUGUGUGCAUUUCAUAAGAUUAACGGCGAUAAGAACAACAUUUUUCUUUUUGUAGAUGUCAUUGAGAUAUGUGCCUUAUCGAAACUGGUUAAGAGAUGGAACAAAGAUUGAAUUGAAUGUAUGUUUUUUUAUUUUAUUUAAAAAACCUCUUCCCCCUUGAACUUGUAUUGGGUAUGUUUUCACCCAAUGGCUGAAGUAGGUUCUGAUUGGAUCUAGCUGCUGCCUGUGUGUUGAUGGGCGUAUUCAUGAUAGCGCAUGCUGCGCAAAUCUGCGCAGUGCACAUUGUGCGAAUUUGCAAUGCAUUCUGGUAAGGAUUUUCUAAGACUUGCGCAGCAAGUGAAAGGGGCCAAUGGGAACAUUUUGGUGCGCGUGUGUGUGCGCGUGCAUGAGUAGGGGCCAUUUCUCACCAACCUUCCAACUGGCACUUGGUGUUCAUGCUCCUUUCUGUUUUGUUGCACACACUUUUUUCGCCCCACAAAAAACGUGUGCUUUCUUUUAUCCCACCCUCUCUUACUCCUACUCCUCCUCCUCCUCCUCCCUCACUCCUCCUCCUCCUCCUCCUCCUCCUCCCAUCAUCAUGAGUUCAGAGAGGCUGCACCGUACUCCCAGAUAUGGAACUCUAGAUGCUGGGUUCAGCCUUUGUGUUAGCGUGGCCCAACCUUGAGCGCUGCCAUCUUGGUCCAGUAUCCUAUGUUUUCCAUACAUGUUGUUUUGCCACCACCUAUAGGACAAUGUGCAUAUCACCGUGUCACUGCUGAUGGCAGCGGCUAAACAUAGGAGUGAUCUGAUUUCAGCCAUUCGCUCCAUUACAAUAGGGUUGGUCAACACACAACAUCUAGUACUCUAUAUGCAGUACGCCUCGCUUAUGCACUUUCUCUCCCAUUUCUCCUCAGUCGUGCGGCACAGGAGGUAGAGAGCCUGGCAUCAUGGGAUGCCUGUGAGUAGGACACGCCUCCCUACUUCCUGUAAGCACAUGCCAGGUGAACGAACGUCUUUGCAGGGUGAACCAACGGUGGAGCUGAGAUUUUUAUUUUAAAGCCACAUUUUAUCACUUAUUUAUAUUCAGACUUCGCUGCUUGUUUUUUUUUCCCUGCCCCGUCUCUCUCUGUAGUUCAAACCACUACCAGAGGUCAGUGCCGGUGUUAUGAACUCCUUGUGAGUUUUUGUGUACCUUAGAUAUCGAGUGCCUGCAUUUUUUUUCUUUGAGAAGUGAAAUUUAACUAUAUGGGUUUGACGCACCUUUUUGUUUUCCAUUUUGGACUUAAACAGCAUGGAGCAUAUCAGCUGUUAGGCUGACAAGGGCAACAUUUUGGCCAUGCUGGUCAGGAUGGGAGCAAUGCUAUUGGCUGUCCGGACUGGAGGACAUUGUGAUUGGUUAAUCCUCACACGUCCAAUCACGUCAAGUCAAAUUGAGGGUGUGUGGGACUCAAAACGUCAAGGUGUUAAUGAUGGGUUGUGUUUGUAUGAAACUGGGUGUGUGGGCUUUGGUGUAUCAUGCUAGAUAUUUAUUGAUGAGAUUUUCUUUGUGUCCGCAUUAUGACCAAGUACAUGUGUGCAUUAUUUAUUUUGUAUGGCUACAUAUUCUUAAGUUGUUUCAUGUUUUCUUUAUGCGACAGCCCUAACUUCUCUAUUUACUUUUUUUUGGGGGAGAGUAACAGACCUUUGAAGUUUUGUACUCAGCCGACAUUAUUCCAAACCAACUCCCACCCCAUCCCUCAUCCCCUGUCCAUUUUGCACUUUCUCAUUUUCAUUUAAUGAAAGUAUUUCAUGGUUGUGUCAGUGUAUUUUUCUUCUCUUGUUUCACUGAGUCAUAAGAAUAAACAAAGUGUUGGAGCUGUU